AGAACUUUGGGCAGGUGCACAACCGGACAACGUCAACGGGACGGAAAACUGCGCCCAGAUGGUCAUUUAUACAGAGUGGAGCAAAGCCCUUCUUGAAGACAGGCACUGCGGCGCGUUGAGUGCUCUUGCCUGCCAGGGUCCGCCAACUCCAAAACCGCCGUGUGAGUCACCAACCUGUCCGACGAUUGCGUGCACCAAAAAACCCCAGUUUUUCAAGAUGCUUCCAGACGGAAUCUCAACGUAUUUGGAGUACCCAAAAAUUCAUGGAAUAUGGGGUGAAACCGACUCGAGGGCGUUCUUAUUUAGUUUCCCAAAUGAUACUCGCAACUUUCAAGAUUCUAUGAGUGCGUGUUGUGCGAUUGGGCUUAAACUAUUGAGUCUCUACCAGAGCAUGACUUACGACAUUGUGGGCAGUGUUUUCAAGCAGGGAAGUGGCGAUACAUCAGUUUUUUGGACCUCGGGCACUGACGCUGGUUGUGAAGAUUAUUUCGGCUACUGUUCGACAAAUCGACUGGCUCGUGAGGAAUCGCGUUGGAAGGAAAAUCAGCCAGACAACGCGAAUGGCAGUGAAAACUGCCUUGCUCUUGAGAUAAAAUCGGGAGUGGCUUUGCUUCAAGACGAAAACUGCGAUAAAAAAUUUCGCUACAUUUGCGAAGGAAGACUAAAGAACGGCAUGGAAAUUGUGAAGAAAGAAUGCGCUCUUACGUUCAAUAUUUCAGAUAAUGAAAUUGACGUAAUGUAUAACUUCUCUAUGUUCACUCCAUCAGAGAAGUGCUUUUUGAAAUGUUUCGGCGAGGGGGCAGAUCUGUUUGUAAAUGGUCGGCUUUUGGAGGAGAAAAUUUUUGCGCAAUUCAAUGUUCUGGCUGCCGGCGAUAUUGAUCGACUAAUGGACAUGUACUCAACUUUAAACUACUGCUCCAAUCUAACCAGAGGGAUGGAUGAGUGCGAUAAAAUAUCCAGAAUGAUCAAAUGCGGCAGAGACAAUUCACCAGACGUAGUGCAAAGCCUGAUUUCUUCUUUGGAGAAUUCGAUUGCCCCAGCACCACUGAUUCUGCCUCCAACAGAGGCUGUGUGUCCGACUUUCAAAUGCGUAACAAUGGACUACAGGAAACAGGCCAUAGAUGCAGUAUUAAACUAUUCCAACAACUUUAAGUUAUUAGGCGAUUCUGGGAAGGUCACAUUUAUGUGCGGGAAGAAGUUUUUUAUGAUCUACACAACGCCUGAAUUGUGGACCGUCCCUGCAUUGUAUGAGAAGUGUUGCGCAUAUGGAAUGCGCCUAAUGACCGUGGAAACACUCGAAAAAUUCCAAUGCGUUUCACAGGGAAUAAUAACUUUCGGUGGACCAGACGUGUACUUUCCUGUGGCUGCUUCUAGGCUUGGAGCUAUUGACAAACCUAAGUGGUGUUAUUCAAAUAAACCACUUGAUCCUGUACUUGUGGCGUAUUUAGCCAACAACACUGAUCCAUUGAAUUAUUUAAUCAUGAUGAAUUUCUAUAACCAUAGUACUUUUGCUCCAAUUAUAGCAGGGCAUCCCUAUUCUAAUAACAUUGCUUGUUUGUCAUGGAAGUACAAUUCGCGUUACUGGACCUCGGGAAUCCGAACUGAUUCCAGCAACACUUCAUUCCGAUGGUGCUCGACUGACAAAAACGUAUCCAAAGAACUAUGGGCAGGUGCACAACCGGACAACGUCAACGGGACGGAAAACUGCGCCCAGAUGGUCAUUUAUACAGAGUGGAGCAAAGCCCUUCUUGAAGACAGGCACUGCGGCGCGUUGAGUGCUCUUGCCUGCCAGGUUGCCUACCUAGAUUUUUUAAGGGGCUAA